CUCGCAGCAAGUCUUUGGACCGGGACAGCUAGUGACAGCUUCCUUUCACCCAGAGGGAAUGGAGUCCCAGAGUGAGAGCGAGCAGCAGGAGGAGGUUCCAUCUUACAUGGACAGGGCCUGGGUGAAGCAUAACUCUGAGGCAGGCCUCAAAAGGAGGCUGAAGUCUGUGAGAGAUGGCUGCACGUUCGAUCCGGAUCAGCUGUGGAGCGGUCAAACGAACCCGGAGCCACUCUGUCACCGCUCCGUUUCCCAGGAGCUGAGGGGGGGCCACUGCCAGCUUCCCGUUGGGACCUUGCUGAUGGUGAAAGCGUGCAGGUGGCCAUGGUGGCCGGCCGUUCUGAGUCCCGACCCGGAAUCGGGGGAAUACGUGAAGCUCGGCGGUGAUGGCGGCAUGCAGAAGUAUCACGUGGAGUUCCUGGGGAGUCCGCGCACCAGGUUCUGGGCCUCGCCGAAGACCAUGGAGCUGUAUCACACACCCCGUGCCAAUCUCAGAGCUGGGGGGGGCUCCCUGAAACGCUCUUAUGUGAUUGCUAUGGAGGAGGCUGUCCGGAUGAAGGACAUGCCCUGUGAGGUUAGACUUCAGAUGUGUCACUUCAGACCAGCAAACGCGCGGGGCUGUGCGGCGGCGUGCAUGCAGUCGGACCCGCAGGCGGAAACGGUCGUGGUUGGCGGCUUCGUGUUUAAAAGCUGGAAACGCAUGGAGGAUGCUGUGGGCACAGCGUGCCAUCCGGGCCGCCAGGUGAGAGCUGUGGCCCCGUCAGCCCCCCUUCCCGGUUUAGCACACUCGCACGGCAUUCCGAGAGACCCAGGAGAGACUCAGCAUUCGGCGGAAUGAACUAACCAUUUUACGACUUCUGGCAGUUAACAAUGAUUGCAUUGAUUUUAACCUCAGUUUAGCCUAUCGGGUAACCUGCAUGAAGUGUGUUGUCCUUCGAUUUCUUUUUAAUUGCAUUUAUGGGAGAAAUUGCUUUUGGUCUUACUAUGUACAGUUUCAAGAAGCAUCAUU